AAGCUGUCUAUGGGUUCUCAUUCUCAUUAUAUCUAGAAAUACUUGCUGGACUGCGGCAGUACCAAGUUACCACACCCAACUGAGCGAGCGUUAAAUACAUCGCCAAAACAAAAAGAGCCUAAUACCAUUUUUUUUUACCGCCGAUUCAGUUCGGCAAUCCACUAUCGAAACCCUAAUUUUUUAUUUCUUCGUCUUUCCCAAUUUUCCUAUCCUCUAUAUACUUCCUUAUAAAUUCUCAGAAACCCCAGUAUACAAAUCGUUCGCUGUAUUAUCAGAAGUAUUAAGAAUCCGUACGCGUUUAAUCAAUCGGGAUGGGUUACGAAAAUGAUCCGUACCGUGAUGAAGAUGGUGAGCCAUUAAUGGAUCCCGACAUGGGUUUCGAUCAAGAAGCUGAAGACAACGAAGAAGAUUGGAGAGAAGAAAGGGAACCUACUCCAAUUCAUAAUUACGAUCCUGAUAAAGUUGGUAAACCAAGGAAAAGACUUAUAAAGAAGACAAGAGAUGAUUUUGAUGUUGGUGGUGAUGAAGCAGCAAUGAAUUUUGUUAGAGAUGAUUUUGAGAAUGUUGAUAAUGAUCAGAUGUAUAACAAUAGUAAGAGGAAAAGUUCGAUUGGUGCUGGUGGGAGUGGAAAGAAAGAAAAGAGGAUGAAAUCAUCUGAGAGAAGAAUUGAGAGAGGAGGUGGGUACAAAAAUAGUUCAAGAAGUGCUGGAGGAAGUUCUGGAAAAUCAAGUUUUAGGGCUAAUAAUGGUGUUGAUCCUGAACUUGAAAGAGAUAUGUGGAAUACAGUUGCUGGUGGAAAUUCUGAGGAUGAUGAAGAGGGCGUCAAGAAUAUGGAUGACGAAAACUUUAUCGAUGAUACAGGAGUGGAUCCUGCUGACCGUUAUGGAAGUGACAAUGAACGAUAUGUUCGUGAUGCUCCUCAGGCUGAGGAGGGUGAAGAAGAUGAUGAAGUGGAAAGGCUCUUUAAGGGUGGUAAGAAAAAGAAGAAACCUGAAAAGUCAGCUGCGGAAAUGGCUUUGGUAGUUGAGCAUCUUAUGGCUGAGCUUGAACUUACGGCUGAGAACGACGCAGAGUUGAAUAUGGAGAAUAAACCUGCGGUUGAAAAACUCAAGAAGUUGCCUCUUCUUAUUGAGGUUCUAUCGAAGAAACAAUUUCAGCUAGAGUUCUUAGAUCGUGGGGUCCUAACACUUCUGAAGAAUUGGCUUGAACCCCUUCCUGAUGGAAGCUUACCCAACAUAAAUAUCCGUACCGCAAUAUUGAAAAUACUAACUGAUUUUCCCAUUGAUCUAGAGCAUACUGAUAGGAGGGAGCAGCUGAAGAACAGUGGUCUUGGAAAGGUCAUCAUGUUUUUGUCAAGAUCUGAUGAAGAGACGACAGGCAAUAGACGACUUGCCAAGGACUUGGUUGAUAAAUGGAGUCGACCAAUAUUCAACAAAAGCACGCGGUUUGAGGAUAUGAAGCACAAUGAAGAUGAUAGAGUUCCCUACAGGAGACCGCCGGCGAAAAAACGGAUGGACAAAGCUGCAACACUGGACUCUAGAGAUGAUGAUCUUGAUGAGUUUUCACGGGAGAGGAAAUCUGGUGAAUCAUCUUCCAGGCAGCAUGCCUCUAGGCCCGAAGCAGCACCUUUGGAUUUCAUGGUGCGCCCACAGUCAAAAAUAGAUCCAGAUGAGAUAAGAGCUCGAGCUAAACAAGUUGUACAUGAUCAGCGCAGGGUAAAGAUGAAUAAGAAGCUGCAGCAGUUGAAAGCACCAAAGAAGAAAAUGCUUCAAGCAUCAAAGCUCAGUGUAGAAGGUCGAGGCAUGGUCAAGUUCUUUUAGUUUAUGUACUGCAAUUGAACUGCUGAUCUAUCGUUCUACUAUCUGUUUGUUAUCUAUUUCUGUUUGUUACAAUUUAAGCUUAAAUCAGGACGCCGUCCUAUGUAAUUCUCUGAAGCUUUGAUUAAAUCACUAUGCAGUCCUAUGUAAUUCUCAUAAAGCACUUUGGUGCCAAUUGCCAAAUUGUUCAAACCCUGUGCACGUUUUUAUCAUCUCCAACUUUGUAUUUUUACUCAUCAAA